AUGACAAAAUUCAGGCGAUUGCUCUAUGUCUUAUUUCAUGAUGCGGGAAAAUUAGCGGGUCAUGGAGGUCGAUACAGCUAUGUUUUGGAUAAUCCAGACGAGAAGCAUUUGAGGAUUGAGAAUGUAACGUUGGAUGACGAUGGUUUAUUUGAAUGCCAGAUGAUGCGCCAGGGCUUGGGUGGCUUCCGCACGUCUGCUUAUGUUACCGUUCUGGUACCUCCGAAAGGAGUGGCCAUACAGAACAAUGUGCCGGAUGCUGUGAUCAGCGUUGUCGAAGGGAGCGAUCUGGACCUGAGUUGCGUGGCAGCUGAUGGAAAACCACAUGCAGUCGUUAGCUGGCGAAGUGACAGUGGGACAGUACUCACCUGUGAGGCAGUGCAUCCGCCUACGUCCGCGCAUUUCCGAGCUAAUGUCACAUUGGACGUUUUGUAUCCAUCAGGAAUUCCAAAAAUAGAACUUUUGAACGGACCCGGUUUGAUAAAACCGGGUGAUAAUGUCACUAUGAUAUGUUCGGUGAUUGGUGGCAAUCCACCGCCGAGGCUUCUUUGGCUUUUUCAUCAAAAUCCUGUAAGCAGCAACUAUUCUUACGACACUUUCUCCAAGAAAACAGUGAAUGCAUAUUCGAUGGUGAUCGACGCGAAUGACAACGGUGCCAUAUAUGAUUGCCAGUCCACGAAUCUCGCCGGAGGAGAGCCGCUUUCGACAAGCAUUCGUCUUUCGGUUUCGUAUGCCCCUCAUCGUGUCGAAAUUUCCGGCGAAACAACAACUCGAUUGGAGAGGCCAGUAACGGUGCAGUGUAGAACAGGACUGUCAAAUCCAGCAUCCACAGUUUCCUGGCUGAUCAACGGGCAGCCAUACCAGUCCGGAAGUGAUGCGUUCCUGGAGCAGAGCACCGGUACUGUUACUGUAUCCAAUCUGACUGUCUACCCGACUGAUGUCACUGUGAUGAAGCAUCAAAUUACUGUUCAAUGCGUUGCAAAAAACGAUGAGGGCAUGACAAGCAAACAACUCGUUAUACGUGUCCUGUCACCUCCAAUGGAACCAGUUAUUUACGGAAUCGAAGGGAUAACGCCUCUGGAAGGUGAAACAUUGAAUCUCACCUGCGAAUCUCAUGGUGGAAACCCUCUGGCCAUGUUAACUUGGUUUAGAGGCAUUGAAAAGGUAUUUUUCGAAGAUUUGUUUAGGUGCACAGUUUUUUGUAGAAAGGUGUCAGCAGAUUUUCUUUUUUUUUUACUACGAUUUACGAAACUCGUUCGUCUCACAGAUUUCUGUGAAUUUUCUCAAGAGAUUCAGGCGGAUUUUCAGCUGAGGGAAACGAGAAGCACCGUAUCUGGUGACGUCUCACGAAGUGCUGUUUCUCUUGUUCUGGAUCGUACAAUCAACAAUCAGCAGUUGCGAUGUGAAGCCAGAAAUGGGGCCCUUGAUGAGCCGCUAGUUGCUGUUCAAACCAUAAAUGUUUUGUUUCCUCCCCGACGAGUGACCCUUCGUCCGGAUGAUCGAAACAGACGGCAAAUAAUUGCGGGCGAAGUCACCAAAUUGAUUUGCUUGGUUCACUCAUCAAAUCCGAUUGCAGAAGUGACGUGGGAUUUCCAGGACACUGAAAAUGGUGCUACGGUGUCGUUCAAUGAAAUACACAGUAAUCGAUCGAAUCGGGAAUAUGGUGGUUACGAGGUGGACAGUGUCGUUGAGUUUGUUCCGACCGAAGCCAUGCAUGGUAAGGAGGUGCGCUGCACAGCGUCGCAUCCGCAGUGGACGGAGCAGAAAGUUGUGACUUAUCCGCUGAACGUACUCUAUGCUCCAAGAGUAAUGAUUAAUGGACCUUUGACAGUUGAAGUUGGUGAGGGUGAUCAUUUCACGGAAAAUUUAACGGUGCAUGCUAAUCCAAUGGUGAGUACCUGGAGAUGGCGCAAAGAUGGGACCAGUUUUGAUUAUAUGAUUGGAGCUAUUACUGCCAGA